AUGAUAAACACGUCUACAGUUUUGCGAGAAAAAUUACGGUUGCCUGACUACUCCAAUGAUGACGAGAACAUUGAAAUGAUCCAACUGACUCUAUGUGUCAGUACUAUUUUGUCCAACAACUACUCAGAGAUUGAUUUUGAAACUAUGCAUAGGAAAGUUUAUAAAUGUGUUUUGGUUCGUCAAACGGACAAACUUUACGACCGUUUACGAUUGUGCGUGACAAGUCACUUGAACGUUAAUGUCAAGUAUAAAUUAGAGAGCGUCAAAGGCCAAGCGUAUUUGGAAAUGGUCUGUAACGUUUGGAGUGACUUCAUUGGAGCAGUUUCCAAAAUAGGUGACGUGUUUUGGUACCUGGACGUGAUUAUGCUGCGCCGAAACAAAGGCGUAGACCGCGUAGUUGACAUGGCUGUAAAACUGUUUAGAAAUUUUUUGUUGCGCAACGAAAGUCUCCGUAGUCAGCUAAUAGAGGAAAUAUUUAGUUCAAUCGAAUCCGAAAGGUAUGGCGUAGCCAGUCAAGUAGCCAGAAAAUGUGGCCAAAUACUUUUGGAGAUAAACAAAGACAAUCGUUUGCUCUAUAAUGUCUAUUUCGAAGACAAUUACUUAGCCGAAGUGGAACACCACUGUCAAAAAAUAAAAUGUCCUCCCAGUGUGACGCAUUACGUACAAAUGGUGGAAGCGGCCAUUGAGUUGGAGACCGACCGAGCUCUGGCGUUCGGUGACAAUAUCACUUAUACCCGAGUAGUUCAAUUGAUGGUUGCUGAGCUGAUUGGCAAACGCGUUCAGUUCAUUAUAGAGUCUCCUGCUGGCAUGUGGCAAAUGAUGAAAGACGGUAAUGUCCAUCAAUUGACUAAGGUUCACCGACUUUUGGUUCGGAUCGAAUCAUAUCCUGCUAUAGUUGUCGACGCAAUAAACCGAUAUACAAUUUUGAACUACUGUAAUAAGGCGACUAGCCAGAAUUUUUUUAAUAAUAUAUUAGAGUUCAGGGAUACCAUGAGUAAAUAUUUAGAAACAGCAUUUGACAACGAGCCCAUCAUUGAACAGGCUAUCAAUUUGAACUUUGAGAAACUUUUGCGGCUAAACACCCGAACUCCACAGGAGUUGUCGCUGUACGUGCAACAAUUAAUGUCUAGCGUGGAGGAUUGUGCGGUUUUGUUGAAACAAGCUAUCACCGUAUUCAGGUACAUGGAGAAAAAAGACAAAUUCGAAACUCAUUACAGACAGCAUUUGGCCAAACGUUUACUUCUGAAUAGAAUAGUGAAUGAACGCCGCGAGAAAAAGUUUAUCUACGAGCUUAGCUCCGAGUGUGGGAUUCAUUACACACAUAAGCUUCAGUGUCUGUUUAAAGACAUGGAAACUUCUGUCGAAUUGGCGACACACUUUAGUCGAAAAAACGCUUACAAAGUUAAUGCCAUUGAAUUUAAUGUUCGUGUGUUAACGUGGGGCAUAUGGCCUCUAUCCGCCAACGGACUUGAAUGUUGCUUGCCUCGGCCGAUCCGCACUCUCUUCAAGAACUUCCAAACAUUUUAUUUAUCUCUCCACGGAGGCGGACGGAAGCUCACGUUAAUACCUCAACUUGGAUCAGUCGAAGUGAUAGCUACUCUAGGAGGAACUGAGUAUACCAUGGUUAUGUCCACAUUUCAUGUAACGGUUUUGUAUUUAUUUAACACAUUUUCAAAACUGACUUACGAUACUAUUCAAACUAUGACCAUGAUACCGGAACCAGAUUUUCGUCGAGUUAUCGUCUCCCUUAUGGCCGCAAAAAAUCGGAUACUCGUUAAAGAGCCCCGAACAAAGACCCUGGAAAGUGAUCAUGUAUUUCGACUAAACUCUAACUACAAGUCCACAUUAACCGUGAUUAAAUUGUACGCCAGUAGUGGAUCAACUGUAGCCAAAACGGAAAUGCGAGUUGGUGACAAACUCAAGUGCGAGACGGCGUACAAAAGAUAA